AUGUCAGUGUAUCAUGAUGAAGUAGAAAUUGAAGAUUUUGAAUAUGACGAAGAUGAAGAAAUAUAUUAUUAUCCAUGCCCUUGCGGAGAUCAGUUUCAAAUAUCUAAAUCAGAAUUAGCUGCUGGAAUAGAAGAAGCCACAUGUCCUUCUUGCUCUCUGGUUAUUAAAGUAAUUUAUGAUAAGGAAGUGUUCAUAGUUAAACAGGAAGAACUUGUUAAAGAUGACGAAAAACAGCUUAUAACUCAGAAGAUAUAAAAUAUAUCAAAAUAUUUUCUGAAGUGUUUUCACAAUCACAAUUUGGAG